CAAAUUAUGGGGGUAGAAGGUGUGGAUUCUUGCGGCCACAAAUAUUCCAGUAUGAGGAAGCAGUGGGCCUGUGGUUUCGUAGCUAGACCCCCCCUCACCCCUCCCGGCAGUCCACAAAGUUUCCUUUUAUCCAGUAGCAGAUCUGAGCGUAUUUGAGAGGCGUGAUUCUCACCGCUACAUUAAAUUCCUGAGACGCCCCUUGCCGCUCCACCCACUGAUGCCCUGAAAACACACCGAUCACCUUCCGCUCCCAGCGCUGGCGCCGGCCGUCCCACAUCCUGGCGUAGACUCCUGACCCGCUGGCACCGGGCUGAGCGUCACAGUGCUGGUACAGCAGGUCUGACGUCUCCUCACCAGCCCGACAGAAGCGGUACACCAGCUUGCCGGGACGGUCGUUGUCAAAUCCUGCGAAGUGGACUCGUCGACCGGGCAGCCUCUGAGCCGGGGGGCUGACUCCUAGCUUCAUGUGGCGGCGUUUGUGGGGUUUCUUGAGCUCAAGCAAAGCGUAGUCAUAGUCCAUCCCAAUGUCAUUGGCAUUCCCCUUAAUCCAUCCUUUGGGCACAUGGGUGCGCUUGGCUCUGAUCCACUGGAAUUUCAUCUUGUCGUUGGUUGGCGGGCCGUAAGGAGCGGGGCCACCUUCAACAUGGUUGGUGAAGUUGGAGGGAGCGUAAAAGGAAGAAGCCCGUGUGUCCCGUUGCUUGGUUUUGAGAAACCCAACCCGGAGCUUCUGGGCUCCUUUCACAUAGUUUUUACCAUCGUGAACACAAUGAGCGGCUGUGAGAACAUGACGGUCCCCCACCAGUGUACCGGAACACCCAGUGGACAGCUUGACAGCCACCGAAAAUGGAUAUUUCAGCAGGAAGUUCUGACCGGCAAUGCUGAAGCGCCCAUCAUGGCCGAAGAUCUGUCGCUUCCUCCUUACAUGUGACCGCUCGGCCUUCUCAGACGACCGUGCGGAGUAGGCCGGACUGGUGUUGGAACUGGGGUCGUAGCCAUAGAUCCCAAUGGCGGUCUCGGUGAGUUGACCAUCAGAGUGGAGUGUCUCGUAGGCCAGCAGACGCCGCAGGUCCCAGUAGCUCGGCCGAGGGGCCCUCUUGUGGCAUUCUGGGUCACAGGGGGAGCUGACAUCCAAGCGGGCCGGAGACAGGAAGUGAGGGGCCGAACGAGCCUCCGUCUGCUGGGCGAGGACCACAGGAACACGCUGGAGAACCCACUGGGGGCGGGAGGAGGAGGAGGAAGAGGAGAAAACAGGGGCAAGGAAGAGGAGAAAUAGGAGGGAGGUGAACCUGUGGACGGACAGGAGGACCGAUCAGGUGAACUUCUGUACUAAAGACCCGUUCACUGACGGACUCAAAAUAUAGAAAUCAAGUGAUGCUGUUAAACGUGACCGGAUGUCUGGGCCCCUCUUACUGUCUGCAUGAAAAAUGUUGUCAUUCCUAAACCCAGCAUCAUGGAUUUAUAAUUACAACCAUGGGAGUUGAGGAGCAUUUCAGAAAAAAAAAUUUUAUCUGCUCUGGAAUUUGGCAGCUGCAACUGUUUUUAAUGCUGCAAAUAUGACAGACAGGGCAAAUAUAGACUAUGAUGGAAAAUUCCUAAAGUGGCCUGGGGAUUGGCCUAAAGCCUAAAAGAGUGGCUGAAUAUCAUUUUGUUGCAGUGAAAAUAGACUUUAUGUAAAUAGGUUAGGGGUGAUACAAGACACAAUUUGUCUAAUAACCACUGUAUUGCUAAAAUAGUAAAAGUGCAGUCAACAUUUAUUUCUUAAUUUACAAGUUAAUCCUACCUACUGACUCCUCGGGUUUCUGUAAACCCUCCGGUACGGGCGGACAGAGAGAUGACUUACCGGGGGAGCGCAGCCCGGGAGCGCAUCGUUAUGGCUUCUGCAGGUGAGCCGGUGGUUGAACACUGAAACCAGAGACCAGAACAGGCAGAGUCCGCGAAGGUAGUUUAACUGGUGGGGGAAAAAAAAGAGACUUCUCGGCGUUUCUCUCAGGAACUGACCACUUUAUUUUAUCCGUGACAGUCUGGAGUUUUCCGAAAGCAGCAGCCGGGUCGACAGCGGAGGAGUUGGAUCAUCGUGCGCUGCCGGAGGAGGCGGGCUGCUGUCUGUCUGCGCUCACAAUGUCACAUCUGCCGGCGAGGAUAUACAGAGCGAGUAUAUCCGACACGGUCAUGUGACGCAUCACAUCACUGCUGCUGGUUACCGAGUUAAUGAUUAAAUCAAGUCUGUGUUGUAUUGAGUGUCGUGCACUUGUUGGAAAAAGUCUUGCACUUUGAGACACAUUUCGGUGCACUUUGGAUAGGCUAUACGUCAAACAGUUGAUCAGGGCUGCAUCUAAAUCAAUUAAUUGUUUCGUCAACAGAAUUUUAGAAAAUAAUGCUGGAAAAAAGUUCUCGUAAAAAGACGACAGAUUUAGUCAGCUUAAUUUGUCUGAACAAUAAAAAAACAGCCCAAAUAGAUUCAAUCUAUGAAAAGUAGCUAUUUAUUUCUCAAAACAAUAAAUACAGAUUAUAUUUCUGAAAUAACUGUUGAUUAACUUUCUGAAUCUGUCAAUCAAACAGAUUCAUAAAUUGACAAAUUGUCAACUAUAAUAAUGAGGUAACCCUUUUCCACCCAUUAUAAAAGGUUUAUCAAUUAAACCCAAUGGCGUUAUUAAUGAUUAAUUACUAAUUUAUUCAUUCUGUAUAUAUUGGAUAUAAGCCACUCAUUAGAAUAACUUUUGGGUUGUUGAAUACCUAACUGGUGUUUAUCCUUUCUGCUUGGUAGUAAUGUAGUUAUAAAUGUUUUUGUAACCCAUCAAUAAACACCCGUCAUACGUCCUAAACUAUCUAGUCUGCAGUUAGCAUAUAUAUACAUUGAAAUAAUUUGUUAGUGAAUGGAUGUUGUCUCAGGUGCUCAGCGGGAGUUUUAUUUCAGAAAUGAAGUGGUCCAUUAGAGGAUCUACUGAUUAAUUAAAGGUCUGUAGAGGAUUAACACCGUACACAGGGAUUUUUCACAACCUGGCAACCCAAAAAAAUGUUACUUUUAAAACUAAUCUAGACAGAAUAAGUAAAUCAUUAAUUUAUUAGUUGUUGCUUUUAGCUUUGUUCUAAUACCAUUAAACAUUAUCUAACAAACCCUUUAUAAAGGCGUAUUUAUUAGGAGUUUUCCAAUGUAAUGGUUUAAUAACUGUAUGCAAGGCUAUGCAAAAGGUAUUGUGUACUCAUAAUUGUAUUACUUUAGUUUUUAUAAGAUAGGGAUAAGACAAACUCUGAGGGGCUGCUCAGAGUUUACAGCCAAUGAUGUUUUAUUAUCGACAGGCCGAAACAGCUGGACGGAGGCGAGUGUCUGUCCAGAACGGAGGUCGUAAAGAGGAAGAGAGGAAAUGUGGGAGUGAAGAGAGGAUGAUGGAAAAGGAACUUGUGGUGUGUUUGUUUCAGAGAAAAAUUGAGACGUUGCUCGUACUGUGACCAGCUCCUCACACAAACAAUGGCCAACAUUUGUUCUUUAGAUCGACACGACUAGAUUCCCCCUCCGCCUCCCUCUCUUAGUGUCACAUCCACAAAUGCCAUCAAACUACUCAUUAAAUAAUUAUGUAGCACACAUGCAUCAAUGUUCUGCCCAAGCAAACUUUUACACCGUUAAUUUACUUGGUUGACCACCCUCAUGACUCUUGGCAUUAAUCACAAAAGGCCGUUCACUUGUGAGCAAGCUGUUUAUUUCACAACAAAAACCUCACUCAUUUCGCAACAUACGGCUGUGAUUAUUCCCUCUGAAAUCUGACAUUUACAUUCACUGGCGGCCUCGCUGCUAUUGUGACUGGAAUUAGUUCAGUGGGCAGUGUGUGGCUCCGACGCCAAAUUUUGGCCACUUUGCCCACCCAUGCGUAAAAUGUGCAAGCCGUUGGUAGAUAUCAUGCUAUGUAAUGAUUUCAUUUGGCUCGACUGCCACCAGAAAGACGGGGAGAGAGAAAGAAAGAACAUGGGUGGGUGGGGGUGGCGAGAGGGGACUCAUGCAUGACUGAACAGUUGGCCAAUCUUCACCCAUCUCCCUGUCCUGCCGGGAUUUGUUCAGAAUAUGAUUUUAAAUGAGAAGAUAAAAAAACCUCUUAUGUCUGCACUGUGAAUUUGUAGUUGGAGCCGUUAGCCACUUAGCAUAGCUUGGCGUAACGGCUAAACGGGGGGGGGGACAGCGAGCUUUGAUCUGUCUAAAGGUAACAAAAGCCACCCAGCAGCAUGUACAAAGCUCACCGAUUAACACAUUAUCAAGACAGUCUUGUCGUCACUGUGAGGUUGCUAGGCUAGCUGUUUCCCCCUUGCUUAUGCUAAGCUAGGCUAACCAACUGCUGGUUUUAGCUUAUUAUUCUCUGUACAGAUGGUGGCAAUCUUCUCUUCUAACUCUCAGUAAGAAAAGCAAAGAAAAUGUUGAACUGUUGCUUUAAAAUGAUUCAAAUCCUCUUCAAGGUCCAACUGAUUAUACAUUAGCAUCUUUGCCAGCACACUGGGUGGACCUGCUGGCUCAUCAAACACUGCACCCCACCCGUCCCACAACACACAUUUACAAUUAUAACACAUACACACACACACACACACACACACACCUCUCUCUCUCUCUGGUGCACAAUCUGGGGCAGGAGGGUCUGCCAGCAUCUCAUCUUCCUCUCGUCCCGUUAAGCUAGAAGCUUAAAUGAAUACAAAACAAGAAUUUGGAAAAUAAAUAUGAUUUUUCCCCCCUGUGGGAUAACAGGAAGGGAUGCCCCCUUUUAACAAAUGCCUGGGUGCUAAUAAGGGAGACGUUUCUGUUUGUUUUGAAUUGUUAUGAAAGGGCCUGUCUGUUUUGCUAUGCCUGCUGUUGUCAAGGAAACCCACAUUCCCCGGAGUAAUGUUCAUGUUAAUUGUUUUAUUCUUCCCACUCUCCUCCUCUCGCUUCUGGCCACUGACACAAUCGAGCAAGUGUGGACGGCCUCACAUGUUUGAAUCCUCUCCCUUUAUGUCCCUCUGUCCGUCUGUCCAGCUCUCUCUCUCCGUCUCCCUGUCUCUGUUCCUUCUUUGUGUUUUCCCGUCUCUGUGCCUCUGUCUUUUGUUCGAAUCAUCUCUCCCAUCCUGGACCUCUUCUCUCGCUCGUCCCUAGAGGCCAUGAAACAGCUGUUUGGCAAAAUGAGAUAACCACAGGCGUCUUUUUGAGAAGUUAAUUACUGUGAAAUCCUAGGAGGUAACUUAAGCCAAGUCUAAAGCUCAAGGCAAAAGGAAGGGAAUACAAUUGUUCGCCAGCACAUUCGAUACAUAACGUUUAAUGCCUCAUAAAAAGAUGGUAAACACUGUCUUGCUCAGCUGCAGUUAAAAGAAAACUUCAACUUAGUGCAUUCAGGGAGUUAUUUUGUUAAAUUAACUGUUUGCAGUGUACACUAAAACCCUUUUCCCAGAAACAUUAGCAGGUACAUGUGGGAUUUUUAAACAUGGGAAACCCUGUUGAAAACAGAGGAUAGAGUCCUUUACAAAUCUCUGUUGAAUUUAUUAUCUCCGCCAGGACAAUCAUGCGUUAUAGUUCGCGUGUCAACAUGCAUCUGUGAGUGAGUGUGCAACCUCUGUGUCUGUCCACAGCUAAUCUCGUAUUCUGCUGCAGCAAACUGGAUAACAUUUUGGGUGGCCAGUUAUGGCUGCAUGCUCAAAUAAAUGUUGUGUUUGCGGUGACUUACACUUUCUCAAAGUACCCUAUAUUGCCUGUUUUAUUCUGCCAUUGACUACCUGCUGACUCUAGGGGCUGCUAGUGAUAACACAGCUGAGUGCAUCGCGGAACCCCAGCCACUACUCUCUGCCCAGAGACAUAGUAGGUGAAACCCAUAGACUCUAUGUCGAUUGGUCGGUGCAAACGCACUUAGCAGACAUCUGCACCGUCUAGUUCAUUAUAUAUUAACUUCAAAGUAUGUCGCAUAGCAAUGCAUAGAAAAAAGGGUGAAAAUUAGCUUGUCCACCCAGGUGUCAACCGGUGUGUCUGAGACGGUCAGGUUGAUAGAGCCCUGCCUGAUAAUAGUUUAAUAUUCACAGCAUCCUUCAGGCCUAACAAAGGCCAAACAAAGUAGUUCCUUCCUUAUUAGAUAUUUGCACUAAAUGAUUUCUUUAUAUAUUUUGGAAUCUGCAUUAUUAUUCAUGUUUGAAUUGACUUACAUUCUCUUUCUUCCCUGCCUUUUGCUGCUGCAUUGCUGUGUCUAUUGGAUAACCUUUUAAAGAGCGAACUUUAAACAAAACUGAACAUAUUUUUGGCCUCCAGAGGUUUAAAUUUUUCACCUUGCUUCAGUGAUGUAGAAGCGUACUCCAGGGUGUGGUCAGUACACUGCGACAUUAAUUUUGGGUGUGGUUACAGGAGCAACAGAGCAAACUUCAGUGAUGCUUUAUGUCGACCAGAGAGGGCAGUGUAGGAUUCUCUUAUGUGUUCACAUUAAGUUUACAUCAAGUCACAAAUACAUGAUACUGUAUGACAUUUUAGUCAAAUUGAGGAAGCUAAACACAUCAUAGUGUGACACCGCACACAAUACACCCUACACCCUUUUCUUCCCCAGUCCAAGCAGUUCUUCUCCCCCAGUGUUCUCUCACAUACAAAUGGUUUUGAUGACUGAGCUUUUCGCCUACAGGAAAGGAGUUUUGCACCGUGACUAUGGGUAAACCCCUUGGCUUGCCAUGUGAUACUCUGGCUCUUUGGAAAAUGACUCACAUCCUUGUGAAAGAUAUGACAACACAUUUAUAACAUCCAUCAGGAGUUGUGGUUUGCAUUUUGAUGCAAUUUGAUUGAAUAAUUAUUUGAACUCUCCUCUCCUCUGAAGUCAUUUUUCACUCAUUACUCAACGACGGCGCAUGUAAUCCGAUCAAAGGGUAAUUCAAUCAAAACACUGUUUCAUUAUACAUCUGUGGCAUCCUCAGGAAUGGGAAUGCUUAGUCAUGAAUAUGCAAUGCCUUAUAGACACAUGAUCUGACUGCACAGAUGCAGAGGGAAUGAUGAGAAGGAGACGCUCUACUGUUCAUUUUUUUGUAAUUGCUUUUCUUCAUGACCCCUGGCUGUCUUCUAAUGGCCUCCCCUGUGAUUUUCCUUUUAUUGCUGAGUUUUAUUCUUUGUGACAUAUCUUCUUGGUGUCUUUGACAGCUUUGGCUGGCUCGUGACUUGUGAACCAUUGCUGAUCUGUGCCUCUAAAGCCCAUUGAGGAACUUUAUCUGAUUUUAGGUAAAUACAUUUGAAAUGAUGUGACUGUUGGAAAAGCUGGCUUUCAGGGCCAGUGUGAAGCAUUUUAUGGGAUCUAUUAGCAGAAAUGCAAUAUAAUAAUCAUAAAUAUGCUUUCAUCCGUGUAUAAUCAACUGAAACUGAGAAGUGUUAGCUCAGAAUGAGCUCUUCAUAUCUACAUAAGGAGCGGGUCCUCCUUACUCAGUCAGCCAUGUUUGUACAGUAUCCCAGAACGGACAAACCACAAAGACUCUAGAAAGAGAGUUUUUACUUUAACCUUAAGGCCACCGCAGAUCUCCGACCUGUUUGUGAAACUGUGGUGACCUGAGCCGCAGGUUGCAAAAUCAUGGUACGGCCAACUCUCCGCCUGACCUCCGUUGCGAGGCGAGCAGCGUUACCACAGUUUUAUACUCGGCAGCUCAAGUUACGGGAGUGUUGGCGAGGGAGGAGUGGGUGGAGGGGUAUUAAUUUGGUUGCUAUCUGCAACCACACCACUAAAUGCCAACAAAUCCUACACAUUGUUAGAUUGAUUGUUUUUCUUUGUCCUACAUCAUUUUUUGAAAUACUGUAGUCUGAGGGCGUAGACUAGUAUCAGUGGUGAAAAUGUGUCAGAGAGGCAGCAGAUUUUUGUGGUGAAGAAUCAACAUCUCUUAUUAACAUGCUAACAUUGAAAUAUGGUGCUGGAAUCUUCUGUAAAAUGUUCAAGGUGUUUUGGUUAAUGUUUCUACAUUAAAAAAAAUAUAGUUUCUACCUCAGAUUAACACAUAACAUUUAGACAACUUCAAAUUCAGUUACUAAAAUCCCUCUGAUUAGCCAACUCUGCAGCAUUUGAACAGCUCAGGUAAAUGAUCAGGUUUAUAUAAUUUGAUUUAAUUAGUAAUGUUUGGUAUGUAACGUCAUAAAGCAAAUAACAAUUAUCCAUUGGUAGAAAUACUGUACCGCGGUGGCCAAAAACACCACAAAACAUCUAAUGCAGUUCAGGGCGUAUUUCUUUACUUUGUAGACCCAGGCUAGUUGCUUCCCCUUACUCCCAGUAUUUAUGCUAAGCUAGGCUAACCUUGCCCUGACUUCUACAUAUCACACCCACAGACAUCAGACUAGUUUCAAACUUUUCAUCUCACGCUGGGAAAGAAAGCAAAUAUGCCCCCCCCUCCCCCCGAAUGUUGAAAUAUAUUUUUAGACUGUUACAGCAUCACCAAACUUCAUACCAAAUAUGCUUCACAGCAAAACACAACAGUAAAUCUCGUCCCAUAGCAUGCCGUAUGAAUUAUAAUACUGUUCACAUUCCUUUCCAAAGGAUACCAGCAUCAUUCUUUUACAAUUCAAUGGUGCAGCCUGCCAAAGGGCACUGUGACUCAAACAAGCACCAUGUUUUCACUCGAUCCAAGUUGAGUCACUGUGAGCAUCCACCCAUCCCUGAGAGAGCAACCACACACUGAGGAAAGUGACAGCUAGUGAGCCACAAAGAGACCCCAGCUAUCAGGAAUUCAUGUGAAUCCAAUCCAUCUUUAAACCCUGCGGGUCUUUACAAAGGAUUUAUUCAGAGCUGUCAUCCAGGGAUUGUCUCACUCUCAGAGCAAAAGGUAUUCAUCCUUGAAUCUGCACCAGUUAUGUGAUUGAGAGACUCAUUUCUCACAGUCAAAGCACAUCUUGAGAUGAUAUCUUGCCCCGCAGCAGUUGAAGGUUGUGAGCAUGCAAACUUUUUAGGGAGCAACAAGUGGUUCAGUGUCAUGAGAAAGUUGAGCAUAUGCUGCACAGGAGACACUGUGAUCACAAUGUUACAAUUGUUAAUGUUCCUCCCAGAGCUGCAGGGACGGUGUGACUCAGAUAACUCAAAAACUCCAUCAACACAAUGAUUGUUAUUCAGCUGCAGGCUUCCUGUUAUGCUUCAGAUGGAAGAGAACACGAUCUCUUUCUUUUUCUGUCUCUCAGUUGAUCCUCUCUGUAUUUCUGAUGGUAUCAGAGGUCAGAUGUUAAACUCUUCCAGCCAGGCAGAGGUGGUCUGACCACACGACACACGCUUGAACGAGUCUAUCAGCAUACCAGUAAGAUCACUUCUGACCAUAAUAAGCACCCAGCGGACCACAAAUUGUCCCCUUCAGCCCUUCUGAUGAUGAAAUGAUCUUCAGUUCUCUGGUCCAGACCAAUUAUCUCCACUGUACCGCAGGGGAGUUCGGUGUGGGGGAUGCUAAUGAUGGGUGUCGGAAUUUCUGAGUCACGUCUUCUCAAAUGGAUCAGGCAGCAUUGAAAAUCUGUUUCUUUUUAUGCACUAUUUCUUAUAUGUGCGCUUUUAAAAAUCAUUAUUAAUAUUCUACAUUUUACAGAUGAACUACAUUUUGCCGGGUACAUGAUAGGACACAGGAGUGUAUCUCCACUGAAUUUUUGACUGCAUUAUGUUUGUUUCCCCAAAACAAAAUCGGGGAAAGGGCAGCACUCUAGUGGUAAACAUGACCGAGGCCACGUUCAGACCGACUUGAGCUCUGAUAGCAAUAACGCUGCCAUUUCAUUAAUUUGAAAAAGGCCGGUCCAGUGCCACAACAGGGGUGCUAAUCAAGACCCCAGGAAGAGCGGCAGCCUUUGAAGUACAUUUUACAUAGUGACCAAACGGUGGCAUUACAAUUUCCAAGUUGGUCACGUGAUGCCAUGGGGCCCAAUUAUCUGUAUGCUUCCAUGGUACCAAUGCAGAGGGCUAAGACAAAAAAAAAAAAGCAUCUAAAAAGUUGAACCUUGUUUUAACUUUUGCUGCCUGCAGGAUGCUGCGUCGGCCGACAUGUUACUUGAGCUACAUGCUAACGUCAGCAUGGCACCACGCACAUGACAAUGCCAACAUGCCGAUGUUUAGCACGUCAUGUUUGCCUUGUUCAACUUGUUGGUUUAGCUUUCCAUUAUGCCCAUGUUUAUAAUUAGAGUUAAAGCUGGUGGGAAUAUCAUUACGAUUUUUGGUCAUAAACUAAAGUAUCGGACAAAAAGUCAAAGAAUCACUAAAGUGAAGGGUGGCAUGAAUGUCUGAACCAAAUGUCAGGCCCAUCCGUCUAAUAGUUGUAGAUAUAUUUCUGUCUGGACCAAAGUGGUGGACCAUUGCCAUUCAAAGAGCCAGGUUUUAGGGUAUUAUUUUUCUUUGGCGUUUUUCUCCAGAAUUUGUAUUGUUAUUGGGGAAAUAAACCAGACCAUCGACACAUUUCAGGCAUCCAGUACGCAGCUUGCAGUAGAAUUUGUUUUAGAAGGUUGCUGUUAACAGUCCUCCCAAGAAUAAAGUCAUUCUGAUGACGCGUUUGUUUUGAAUCUGCUAUGAGAAGAAGCAGAAGUGCUUCCAGAAGUUACGUGGCCCUGGAUGGUUUUGGAUAUUUGUCUCAUGAAUCACAACAUGAUGAUGAUGGACGUUUCCAGAGUAAUAAACACAAUGAACUCAGCUGAUGUUUGGCUUUAGCUUAAUGUUGUAAUGUCAGUUUGUGGGAGGUAGAUGGACCAAACUUAAGACAGACAUCAGGCUGAAGCCAGGAACAUCAGCUCUACAUGAGAUAAUGUUAUGAUUAUAACAGAGAACCCAAAACAUCAUCAGAUGCAGGUUUCCUGUUAUACUCUCAUAUAUAAGUGACGGAAUAAUCUCAGUUUUCUGUGUCUUUAUUAUGUAUUCUGUAGUACAGCUAUGUUGCAAGAUGUGUUAAAGGAGCGAAAAUAUAAUCAUAUUGGAGUUUUGGUAUAAAAAAAACACCCACAAUAAGUUGAUCAUGAUGAAUUUCCGUUAUUGGAAUAAUCUCGGCUACCCUCACACGAGUGGCUUGAAGAAGCUCUCUUGCUUGCCAUCAGAAGAGAAGUGAUAGAUAGAGCCUGACUUUGAAAAAUACUUAAAAACAAAAAUAUAUAGAACAGACUUACACAAUGUUGCUUUUUAUUUAUUUAUUUAUUUAUUCAUGAUUCAGGAUUAUCUUAUUAGUUUGUUUGUUUUUUCACUAAAAUACAGUGUCCUACCUGUGAUGCAAUGAAACAUAUUUGUUUCUUAAAUAAAUGCAUUUUAAACUGUCAGUAUAUGUUUUAGUGCCAUUUUAAGAGUUUUUAAGUAAAAUGUACAAUAUUUGCUUCUGAGUAUAAAGUAGCAGAAAAUACAAAUACUCAAGUGAAGUACCUUAUAAUUGAACAGUAGUUGAGUAAAUGUACUGAGCUUCUUUAUAUCACUGCUGUAUUUCAUCUCUACUGUAUGUAGCCAUAAAGCUGCCUGAAGUAACAGGCAAACAAACACAAAGCUCGUUACUGUUUGUACAUCAGACAAACAUCUCGCUGUCACCAUCGCUGUCACCAUCAUUUGACCUCUCUUCCACCCAUGAAACAACUGUUGCCAUAGAAACCCUUAACCGGGGCACAAUCACUGACGAGCAGGAAGUGUGGAGCAUUUUGGGUUAAUGAGAGCUUCCGUGUGGGAAGGGGUGUGUUCCCAGCAGGAGGGAGACCUCUGCGUCAUUCUGACAAAGGGGGUUUCCAUGUUUUAUGACAGUGGGAAUAUUGUUCCAGGCUAUUUUAUUUUUUCCUGUCUGGGCUCUGUAUAGUUUCCACAGUCUAUUGUGUUUGAUACCUUAAAAUAUUUCCAGACACCAUAGUGUGUCUUAACAAGGUACGUCAUUUGGCCUCUUUAAACCCAUUCUUUCUUUCAUAAAGUAGGAAAAACACACCUGAUUGUGGGGUCAUUUUAAGUUCAAUGCUAUUUAUUGUCACAUGCACAACAAUUAAAGAGAAGCAGCCGUUGGCAAUGCAAUCUUAGACCGCAUAAGACAUAAAAUAUUGCAAGUUUAAAAAAAGAAUAAAAUACAACAAAUAUAAAAUAAUAUCAAUAUUAUAUUUUAUAUAAGCCUAUGUUAUAUUUUUUACUUGCUCAAGUAUGUCAACUAAUUUGAGAGAGUCAUUUUGCUCAAACUGACCUUUCUUCUCCUGUUUCAUUUCUGGUUCUUGACACUUCUAUCUGACUCAGUGUAACUGCAGUGGAAAUGAGAGGAGUUUUCCAAAUAGCGAAAUGAUGAUUCGCUAAUAAAAACAGAAUUUUUAGACAGUUUUUGACAAAGAUGGAUGCAGCUCGUCUCUUAUGGGAUACAGAUGUAAUCCAACAUUUCCUGAUUGCGGUUUUUAUACACCGUCUCGAAAUGGCCUGCAGCCAGUUUGGCUCGACUUCAGGUCAGUGAAUGGUUAUGUUACGUGCUGAUCUUGGACCUGCGCUGCAGUCCACAAACACACACAGAUACACAUACAGCACAGCCUGUCUCUGCUGUAGUUGUGAGGACAUGGUGUAUUUAAAAGUGUUCCGUGUUGAAUUAUGUAAACACUAUACCUUCAUAACUCCUAUCUGGGAAGCAGAACAAGCUAUGAACUCAACAUUAUUAUAGCCUCAUAAAGUUGAUUGAAAACAGCUCUGAGUAGCAGUAAGCACUAAAACGGCAAAGCUGUGCCCUGUUAAAUCAAAACAAUGAGCUGAAAGACACUAAAAAGCUCCGUAGAGGUGAGGGGAACUGCAGUCGUGUGAUGGUUCUGUGGUUGUGUGACUACAAAUGUCGCAAACCAACCACAGCAAUAGGGAUUAGUGCAGCUUUAAUCAACCACUUUUAGAAAUAUCUUUUCCUGCUGUGAGGAAUGACCAAAACGUCCUCACAACUUCAAGACUAGGUGCUUGCAAGUAUACGCAUGAGAGUCCUUGCAUCUUGGUUUUGGCAGGUUCUCAACAUUAUUUCCAUCUCUCUUUAGUUUCCCUCCAUUCCCAGCUGCUCACAUCUAUCAAGACUCCAUUUGUUAGCAGCAGGCAAUUUACGGGCUGGAAUGGAGAUUGUUCCGUAUCCUAUUCAAAUGCACACACGCACGCACACACACUGCCAUUGAUUGUGGUGUUUGGGUUCAUGCAGAGCAGCAGUGUAAUCCGUCAUGCUGCUGCAACAUCUCCACCAUGAUCUGCUUGCAGCUGGAUCAUAAUGAAGUCUCUAGAGGUUCCUCCCUGGUAUCUGCCAAACUGUUGCAUAAAACGAAAAUAUUUCCGCCUUGUGCUGUCAGACUGGAACUGAGGCUGCAGCUCGCUGGGACCUGAGAUCAGGAGACACCCUCUGUCUCAGUUAAUAAAGGAACAGAACAAGUGCUGAGGGAUCGGAGACAAUGAACUGAAGUUGAUUAAUAAGUGAUGACACCGGGACUGGCCUGCAUGCAAUUCACUGUUACUGUGACUGGCAUAGUGCGUGUGUGAAUGUGUGCACGUUUACGAGCUUUCAAGGCUUUGCUUGUGAACUUUAUCGUCACCCUUGUACUGUUUUCUAUAAAGGCUAUAAAUUGUUUUCAUGCUGCUUGUUUUUAGCUGGGUGGCUAACAUUAGCCGUUAGCCUCCAGGAACAUCCUGCGUGUUGUUCAUAGUCUGAGGGUGUGUGAACUCUGCAGCUUUGAGCUCACUGUUGAUGGUCAGUAGGGGUGGAAAGUAACUUAAUAAUUACUGUAUUUAGUUAGGCUAAAAUUUUGAGUUGCUGCAAAUCAAAUUUCCCUUGUCUGAUAAAGUACUGAAAUGAACAUAUACCACGAAACAGAGUACAAAUGAGUAUGAAAUAAAAAGACGGUGUCUUUACAGUGUUUUUAGCUCAUAUUUUUGGGGGAAAGAUGACAAAUUUGGAGGAACUGUAAUGAAGUAAUGAAGUGGCAGAGGGCAACUACUUCUCUAAUCUCUAUAAACAGAUUCUGCAUUCACAUGUAGAAUCUGUAGGCAAACGGGACAAGAUUGUUGUCUGGGAAGUGUUCUGGUUUGUGUUAGUGUUGACCAAUCACGUUGGAGCAGGCUUUGGUUAAUGCAGGUAUACGGUCCGUCAUACGGGAAGUCUUGGACGGGAUAUCUGCUGGCUUCACCGGAACUCAAGAAAUAAAACCCCAUGACCCCAGAGGCUUAUCUGUAAUCAGGCCAAUGGGUUUAGAGGUUGUAUUUUCGCUCUUUCUCCUCCUUUCUUUCUCUCCAUCACUCAAUCACGCUCUCUCCAUCUUCCCGUGUCUACUGACUGUGCUCUGAGUGACCCUGCUAGCAUAGUUUGACCAUAAACGGGCAUGAGAGAGGGUUGGACUCUAAGAAACACACAAACACAACACAUAGAUGUGCACAUGUACGUAUACCUACAAAGACACACAACAGAAAAAAAAGACUAAUGUUAGUUCGGAGUAGUUUGAAGUGCAAACUCCACCUGCUCCUUCUAGCAAAUAAAUAUGUCAAACAACACGCUACAAAGGCAGCUGCAGACUCUGUUUGAGAAGCUUUAGAGCUAAUUUAUCUUCCGCUUUACAUAGAUCUCAUUAAGCUCAGCUAUAAUUGCAGCUCACUGGCUGAGCAGUUUUAAGUCCUGUGAAGCAACUGUUUCUAAUGACAUUGUACAGUACAAUUUAACAGCAUCGUGCCACAAAACCACAGCAAGCGCUUCGGCACAUCCAUAGUGACCUCCCUGCAGCAGCUGUGUCUUCAUGCUCAUAACUGAAGAAAUGUGUGUUGCGUUACGGUGGACAGGAUAUAACACUGUGGGACGGGCAAACACAAAUGGAUAGAUGAAAGUACGAUGGGAUAAAUAUGUGGAGAAGUGGCGGUGAAGGAAAGGAAGUCAUCUAGAAGGACAUUAAUCAAAGUCUCAACCAAAAAUGUGAAGAGAAGGAGGAAGGCUGAUCCUAUAGCUGUUUAGAGAAAAAGCAAAAUGUGCAUAAAAGAGGAGAAGGGGAGUUCUGUGCGAACCAUUAGGAUGUACCUUAUGAUCGGAAAGAGGAAAAGGAAAGGAGGAGGCUUCUAAAGAACAGUACAAGUAUAAUUUCGUCAGGAAAUAACAUAUUCUGACAUGCAGAGUGUGUGACAUGGCAUGCCCUCUGGUUUCGUGAGACUGUGUAUGCAUGUGAGAGUGUGUGUGUUUGUGUGUGUGUGUGUGUGUGUGUGUGCACUCACGCGUUAAAAUGUUGGACAAGCUGUUAAGGGCUUAAGGGAGCAGGCGUGGUUUUUUCUGGUCUCUCGCCUGCACUGGUUUCAUCGCAGGAAACAGCUUUUGGUUCUCAGUUGUGCUGAAAGUCACUCUAAUCAAUAACAUAUCUCUCUUUUGUCAUCAAUUCUUUCUGAUAUCUGAUUAGAUUUUUUUGUCAGUGAGAAAAAGUGAUUGCAAACCUCAACUCAUAGCUGCUCAUUCCGUUUUAAAAAGUCCCAACAGUGGACAACGUUGUCAAUAAAGAGCUGUAAUCCUGCUCGUUCAGUUGUAUCGAACUAACAGCCUUGCUUGUUUUUACAUUCACUUUGCGACAACACAACAAGUGACCCCUUGACACCAGACGAAUGAUAAUUGUCAAAGAAUCAAUUUACAUUUUUAUUUUGUCAAAACAGCAUCAUUAAGCAAAAUGAAAAGAAAUGUUUGAUGAAACCAGUUGAAUUCAAUUUAAUAUGGCAGGCAGCCACGGGCCGUCGUCUUUGCUGACCUUUUAUAUUUAUUCAUUUAUUUUUUCAAACGCCUCUAUAGGCUUCCCCUGGUAACCCUGUGUUUAAUGUCACAACUCUAUGAAUCGCUGUAAUUCCCUCGGGCAAAGUCUGCAGAAAUGCGGAUUUACGGAAAGUGUGCGUAAUGGGCCCAAAAUGUCUGCGAGAAAACCCUUGUGAAUUUAUUUGACAUUGAGAAAGCCCUAAUCCCUCACAAACUUUUAAAAAAUACAUUUUGUUCGAACACCACCCUGUUUUAUUAUACACCAUACGUGUAUUUUCCAACAGUAUGUUUUCACCUUCAACAUUAAGAGAAAAGGCGGUCACGAUGAGGACUAACCUAUAUCUGCCUAAUGUAAUGCAAUCUUGGGUAUUGUUUGCUGUGGUUGCUGGAGUGUAAACGUCCCCAAAUCCAGUAAGGGGCAGGCAGGAGACAGCUGCUAACAUUACCCUACACUCCGAUCCCUCUCACACAAUGGGACAAUAUAACACCCUGGAUGUGCUUGUCCUGAACAAUACUUUUUUUUUUAACAUAACCUGUAACUUUGCACUCAAGAUCACCACGUUCAACAUGUGGAGACAUACAGUAACUGCACCUCCACUAUGUUCACCAGCUAGUUCCUAACUUUGCCAUUUGGUGCUUUGGUGGGCAGCUGUGGCUCAGGGGAAAGAGCGGGUCGUCCUUUAACAACAAAGUAGAUGGUUUGAUCCCUAGCUCCUGCUGACUACAUGUGUUUUUGAGUGAAGCACCAAGUUGUUCCCUGCAGGCUCUUAAUAACAGCCUACUGCACCUAAUGCUUAUGGUGGGUUAAAUAAAGGUCAAAUGUAAUGUAUGUACCUGUAUGUACUUUCUUUGUACAGUGGGUUCAUCAGGGCAUUUUUAAUCAAAACAAGGAGUCAAGAUUUAUGAGAGCAAUGAGAGUGAACCAAACAGUAAAGUUGUGGGAUGUAAAACUAAAACCAGUGAGUUGAGGGAAAUGCAGAGUAAUUAUCUAUGGGUUAGCCACUUUGGACAGCACGUUUCACAUUACGUAAAAUAAUUUGAUCCAUGAUGUUGACCAGUGUUGAAGUGUAAUCAUUUAGACUCAGAGCAUCACACAGUAUUCAGGGUAAAAGUGUCUGAACUACAUGAACAUAGAAAGACCUUUUUGUUCUCCUGCUUACUUCAUUUGAACCCUCUUCGUCCUUUAUAUUACAUAUAGGUUUACUUACAGCCGACAUACACACAGUGUCGUUCCCCAUUAGAGUAUACAGCUGAUCAUGUGCUGGUUGUCCCUCAAAGACGCAGCCCGCCUGCUCUCACGAUGUGUUUGGCUCAUGGGGAUUGUGCUCGGGUCAUUGUGGGCAGGGUGGGAACAUGUGGAUCUGAAAUGAAGCUCGGACACUAGCUGUCAAAAAGCCAACCGCAUUCUGCCUGCCAGUAAAACUAGGAUGAAUAUCCAUUGGAUCUGCUGGCCCUGGGAAACACACACACACACACACACACACACACAAGCGCACACACUAAAGAGAAAGGCGGAGGAAAGAGAGAGGGAAACAGAGGGUGUUCACUAUGUUUCACAAGUUUCCUUAAUUUCAAAGAUUUUAUCCUGAGGAAAUAAAUUCACAUUAGAGCCAAAUAUAUGAGGACACUUUUGUGCUGAUGCAGAGCAAAUUUGCUCAGCCUCACAUAACCCCCUCCAUAUUCCAUCAGUCAUCAUGUGCGUGACAAACAGUAUAAGUAUGUUGUCGUUGGUCUCAUGCUGUCUGCUUCUCACGGGUGAGCAUAGAUACCCCAUGAGGCAGUGUCCUCCACCCCUCUUAUUAGAACCCCUCAAUGCUCUCCAGUGGCUCGGCUCAGACAACAUCACCCCAGUGAGCCUAAUCAAAGACAACAAUGAGUCCAUGGAGAUCAGCAUUUUGGGAUUUAUUGUUAGUGCAACUAACUACACAGCAACUCGACAAAAAGAUGCCAUUCCUGCAGCUCUCUAUUGCCGGUCUGAUGGACACACAUGUCCAUCAGACAUGUGUGUCCAGCACCAGAUAUUGAUUUCAAGUCCUAAAUCCUCAGUAUUUAAUUCAUCACUCAAACCCAAGAAACCACCAGAGAGCAAAUAAUCCGCACUGGAAAAUAAGAUUAAAGCAUGAGUAGCUUUUGUGACAUUUCAACUAAUGGUUGUGAAUUUAUAGGGAAUCGUGAACCUAAAAAUGAAACACAUUUGGCCUCCUUGAGGACAAGCCCGAACACCAGCAUGCCAACAAGUUCACUCCCUCAGUUCGUCAAGGGUCGAUCUCUUGCAAGUCCAAUUGAGUUUUCAGAGUAUUGCAACAUCACUUCAGGGGAAGUCCAUGAGGGUUUUUCAAAUCUGUUGUAGAACACACCACAAUCCUCUGCAGGGGAUGGGUGGGUCCUACACAGACACAUUCAAACAGUUGAGGCAGAGGAGAAAAAAGACGUAGGUGAGGGAUGUCUCACUCACUAAAUUUGGUCUACUGUAUGACCAUGUGUCUGACGCUUAUAUGGAUUUCCCCAUGCAUAGCUCAUCGGGUAAUUGUUUACAAGCUUAUACAAAUAUGUACCCCCCAAGGAUAAGUAAUGUUUUCAAAGUACUCCUGUGAGUUGCAGUAAGGCUGCAGCAGUAAUUUAUUGUUCAAUAAAUAGUUCAAUAGCUUCAGGGUGGGUCCUGUUCUCGAUCACACAUCUCUUUCUCUGAGAUACAGAAUGCGUUGUGAGGUACAGUAUGUUUUCUGCACCACAACACACACUAACACACGUUUUUAUCCAUACACACAAUCUGUCCCUCAGUUUAAUCACCCAGAGUGUGUGGGGCAGUUAAUUGUGCAUCUGUUUUGAUACGAAGACCUUCAAAAUGCCUCCAUGAGCUCAUUAAGGGAGAUCUGGUUCACAGAGAACUGGGACUACAGCCAGAAUAAUAUUGUCAUGAUCCUGCAACACAUUCAUCAUCCAUAGAAACUCCCCACUGCAUGAACCCAUCCUCCCAUAUCAAAGCCACAUACCUUCUUUCAUCCUCAUCUUGUUUUGUUUUCCUCACUUUCUCUUUGCUCCAAUUUGUUUUCAAGCUUCUGAGGAAACACACAAUGAUUUGUAAUGUUUUGCGUUUCCUUCCUUUUAACCCUGCAGUCCUCACAAACUUGGGGCCCAUGUUGGGGCCCUCUUGCUUUUCAUCUCUCUGUAAGUUAUGUACUUCUUUGUAUGUAUGCCUACUGUAGCAUAUACAACUUCCCCCAUCACUUGUCGGGGUCAGACAUGGGACAGCUGCCCCUCAAAGUACGUAACGCCCAACAGACAGUCUCUUUACUCCCUUCACCACUGCUGCACUGGUGAAAAUCAUGAAUUUUCAAAGUAUCAGAAUCUUAAAAAAAACAACAGUUUUUCCUCAAUCCUUUGGCUCAUUCUUUUUGAAACAGUCAACAUUCUCUAAACUCUAAGUCUCACAACUGUUUCAUGUGACAUCACUCUACUGCAGGUCUGCAAAAGGUACCCACAACAUUUUGUUUCAGGUCUCAAAACCUAGUUAUUGUGUCAGUAAAUUGGCGACCAAAUUGAAAAGUUGUUUUGUCACCGCGUUACUUUAGUGUCACGACAGCUGACAGAAAUUCAUCUCCUUUUUUUGGUAGUGAUAUUGUAUAGCUAAGAAAUAUAAUUAUGUUCAUUUUUAUUUUACUUUUAGCAGUUUUACAACCAGGAAAUAUAGUUUCAGUGUAGCUUGUUUUUGUUUCGUUUCAGUUUUACUUUACUUUAACCUCGGUGAGUCAUUUUUUUUCUCCAUGGCAGUUCUAAAGGUUUACUGGGAAAUAAUGCUUGAAUGUACUGUUUACAAAGUACUAAAAUGCAUUGACUUCUACCUACAUGCUAACUACCGUAGCUAGGUAGUGAUUAACUUCUACCAACUUGUCUCCAAUUAUAAACUUAACCAAAUAAGAACCCGAGUAGAGCUUUGUUCAUGGGGGUCGGGUCAAGUCAGUCUUAUUUUUAUGACCCAAAAUUACAAAUUUAUCUCAAGGGACGUGCGCUUGGGUGUUGCUAAAUAACAGACGUAGCAUUGCUAGUUGAUUGCUCAGUAGUUGUUAGGAUGCUGCGGUUAUUUCUUAGGUGUUUGGUACUACUAGAUGCUGUGAGUGUCACUAAAUUGAUGCUUGGUGGUUGCUAUGGUGUUCAGGGGGGUUGGUUGGGUAUCUAGGCCAUAGCGGGGACAGUAUACCUACACUAAUACCUGUAUUUUGCAAACACAAACUAGAGGUUCAGUACAGAUCUUUACACCAAAUCUUCAAAGUGAACAGAUCUUUGAACUGAAUAUAAUGCUGCGUUCCUUUUACCUCAGAAGUCUGAGCUUGGAAUGACGUCACACCGAAGUUGGUGGCAUUCCAGUAAAACAAGUCGGAAAACUUAAUGGUCUUUGCUCCAGCCAUGUUAGCCAUUGUUAGGGAUACCGGUUGAUUACAUUGUAUUACCGGUAUUUUGCAGAUACAAACAACGUAGCAACAUGUCUGCAGAUAGAAGUUGGACAGCACUGUGUUCGUCUGAUCUAUUUAGAAACAAAUUAGACAGAAUUGCUCAUGAACGGUAUUCACCACAGCUUUUGUUCUGUAGAUGCCGCACGCGGAGCGGCCAUCUUGGGUUUUGAGGUCGCGUUUGCCUGACUUCAGGCUGCGGUCCAGUUGAAAUUUCUGGGAGCUGGGAACUCAGAAAUUUCAAAAUAACAAAAACAACUAUAUUCUAGGGAAAAUAAAAGUACAGCAAACAAGAACUCUGCCCAACAAAAGGAGAAUAAAUCUCACAUUAACACAGCCGAUUAAAGUAUAUGCUUCACAUGCUUAACGUAUCAUUUAAAUCUUUAGUGACUUUCACAUGAUGAGGCACAAGGAUUGAGGUCUUGUUUAGGUUCUGAGGUAUUGAUGUUCAAGUUGUAGCUGCUGUAGGCUACACUGAUCAUCAGAUCAUGAAUUGUGAGCCAGAGAGGUAUUGAGAGUCCUUCCAGAUGUGGGUCUCUCCACAGUUGGUGGUCCUCCUCUUACACUGGCAGCAGCUCCUGUACUGUGCCAGUUUAUCUACCAGGAGCUCCCCAGCAGAACUGACCACAGGGAGACAGAAGAAAGCAUGAAUGAUGUCAGCCAUGAUGUAUCUUUUAGGUUGGUGAGUAAGUGUGUUGAACUGUUUACUUAUGAUUAUAUAAGUAGAUGUAAAUGCAUGCUGACAGAGGUGAUCCCACAUCCACAGACCUCAGGAAGCGCCUCUCCUCUUCCUCUCGCUGGUGUUUGAGCUUUGCACUGCGACUCCACUCGUCCUCCAGGGACUUACUGAUGUCCCGCUUCUUCUCAAAGCGAUUGAUGUGGUCCACUAUAAACCUGGACAGGAAACAUAGACAAACUGCAAUAGUUUCUUCAUGCUCAUUGUUUUCCAUUUCUUUCAUUCGUCCCUUCCUUUACUCACUCCAUUUUGUUGUGUUUGAGAACUUCUCUCUCUUUAUCCAGCUGUUCAUGAUGAUUGUGCAGUUCUUCUUUCUUCCGCUGAGUGGCAGCACUGAAAUUUACUCGGAAGAGCUGCCAGUAGAAACAAACUUUUAAUUGUACAACAAUGACAUUGAUUAUUUAUGACAUCUUCAUGAGGCCAUCAAUUUAACAAUGAGGUUUAUGGCAGCGAUAGGAAACAGCGUUAACCUUCUGUGCCCUCUCUCGGCCUUCUGCGUUGUUGGCUGCUGUCGCACAGCGGUUGAACCCGGAGUUGUCAGCUUGGCACUCUGGAGGAUCUGUGCACUUCUUAUCUCCCACCUAAAGGACAGAACAGACACAUUUUUAUUGGACGGUGGCCAUUGAGCAGACUAUGACUUUCUGCCCCACUAAGUCAAAACUAAGUCAAAUACAAAAAAUUGUUUCUGGCACCCUUUGUUGAUACUCCAGAAAAUAUUGUGAAAUUCUGUAAACCAAGUUCUCCCUGAAAUAAAAAAAAAAUGUGACUUUAAUUUUGAAAUAGAGGCCUACACAACUAUCUGCAUAUGCUAAACAUAGGACACAAGCAUAAUUUCGGUCCAUAAAAAGAACAACUGGUUAGGACGCAAGCCUCUCCCCAGAUUUAGCAUUGCACUGCUGUAACACUGCUGCAGAACCAGAGAUUAUUUUUUUUAUUCCAUGCAUUCCUCUUCCUUGUCAAAACCUGCCGCCUACAUUAACCACAAUGCAACUCAGGUGUGUUACGCUAGUAACAGCUAAUGCAGCCUCCCGCUGCCUCAAGCAGAGAUUAGAAGUGGGCUACAGCAGUCUGGUAAGAUCUUUUCAUCGCAACUCCACUCCUCCAGAUAAAAAAAAAAUUCACUUCAACAACGACUCCGACGACUCAAAUUACAUCGCUUAAGGUAAUUUAUCAGACUUGACACAGCUCCCUCUGGAGCCAUAAAAAACUAUAUACACCUUUUAAAGAAAUGACGUACCGAUUCUUUAUUACCAAAGAAACUUAAAUGAUUUUGUUGUGAGUGAGUUGGAAAAAUAUGAUCUCUGUUAAAAGUCUUACAAGUAAGGUACACUUGUUAUAUAAAUCCAGUAAUUGAAUAAUACGUUGUUGUUAAGAGCAUGUAGGAAUCAGGGCUGGUUUAUUUAAGUGAAAGUUUAACGACAUGGUGUAACUCUGACAUCUUCUUGAGGUGCAAUAAAGGCGGCAGCCUCUGGUUCUGUAAAGUGAAGCCAGUUAGGAAGUACCUUAAACCUGCAUUCUUUCUAACGGCCACCAGGGGACGACUGCUCUGGUUGCAAAAAGAAUCGUAUGGAAGUCUAUGAGGAAAUUACUUCUCACUUGAUUUACUACCUCAGUAAACAUUGUAAACAUAGGUUUAUGGUCUACUACUUACUUCUAAUGUUAACUUGAAGGCUAUUUUUUUUAUAUAUUCUCUAAGCAAUACAAUAACUGAACUGAAUAACUGCUAUUUUACUCACUUUUCCUCACCAUAUUGUCACUGGUGAUCAUUAUGUGUAAAGCUUGGUUUACAAACAAAGUAUUUCCUUGCCUGCAUGUCCAGAGCCUUCUUGUAAUGUGUAGUUCUCUCGUGUUUCUGCUGGAGCUGCUGAGCCUUCUGCAAAGCUACCCUAGAACACACACACCAGGUUACACACUUGCUACCACAACAGAUGGUUAUUUGAACUUCCCGAGCAGUGCUGCUGUUACUCACUCCUGGACCAGCUGCACAUGGUCUAGAUGCUCCAUGAGCCAACGGUUCUGCUGGUCUCGAGCCUCGUGUUGCCGCCGGGUGUCUAUCUGGCUCUGAAGCUCGUUCAUGUAACGAUGUUGCUGGAUCCUCCUGGCAGGGGUGAAGGGCCGAGCCGGGAAGACGAAUGAAGUCUAAACACAUUUUAACAAGCCAAUGUUACACUAAAAGGAUACAGUGAGCUGUUAAGUGUGAUUUCAUGUAUUAAAGUAAUACUCCUUAACAUUUUCAUAAACUCAAACCCUAUUUUUGACACAAUUUAUGUUCAAAUUUCUUUCUGCAAUAACCUUUCAAUGUAUUUACAUUCUGAACAUGAUCAUUCACCAAAAAUGUGAAUACUAAACAAGACAUUUUCACCCCUUUUACUUUGACCUGCUGUUGUGUGGAAAACUAUUUGCGCCGUAUACAGUUUGUUUGGCUGCAAUGUAAACAACUGGCUGAGUGUUACCUACCAGGACUGAAAUCUUACAACUUUAAUAUCAAGUUCUACUCACAGGGAAGAGAGGGCAGCAAGUCUUCUCUCUCUUCUCCGACAUUUGCAGGUUGAAUGUAGCAACCUGCUUUGCAUGCUUACGUUGCUCAUUCAGCUUCUCCUGCCAGACGAACACACGAAAACACGAAAACACGAGCCUUGUAUCAUCAUGUUGACUGAAACAGCAAAGACAUUGAGAGCAUGAUACUCACCAGGGUAAAAAGCUAACUUUUUCAGAGGGCAGUUUUAUUGAUCCAUGAAACAAUAUUGGCAAAAACAUCAUGCAAAGCACAUCAAGUUGUUUCAUUUUGAAUUUUAAUAUCCCUCUCCCCCAGUGCUGUAAAGAGGAUGAAGCUGCUUUCUCAGCUCUCUGGCCCACAACCAGUCUGGAACCACCCUUAACACCUCAAUUGUUGAGAUGUUUUUUAUUGUUUAUGUUGUUAUUGCGUGUUUUACUCUUUUUUUGACACAAUGGUAUGAGUUUACUUCUGCCCUCGGCCUUGUGAAACCAACAGUUUUCCACAUCUUCAAUCAGUGGGUUGUUUUCUGAUCCCAAUUUCUUUCUUUCUCAGAAACCACAAAAAAAAUCCCCAGAGCACUCACAAAUCACCUUCAAUAACCCGCAGCAGAUGGUAUGAAAUAGACCAUAAACUAAUGUUUACAAUGUUUACUGAGGUAAUAAAUCAAGUGAGAAGUAGGGUCAUUUUCUCAUAGACUUCAAUACAAUCUGACUUAACUAGAGUGCUUAUCCCGGAGCUGUAUUAGUCUGCUUCAUAAACAGCGUCGAGAGGAAAGAGGAGAAAAACCGGAGGGAAAUUACAAAAAAGGACAGGAGUUGAGCUGAUCAAAAACACUCAAGGAGACAACACAUUCCAACAGAUACUGUCUAUGCGUCUGUUUCUAGCUAGCCUACAGCUAACGUUUGCGCAGUCAAAUUUGUGCUUUCUUUUUUGUCCGAACACACACUUAUCACAGAAAAACACUUAAACACACUAAGGGCACACAUGCAUACACACACCUGUUCUUCGUCCAUGUACUGCUUGUCUCUCUGUUGUUCUCUAAGCAGUAAGAGUUUCUCCUGAGCUCGCUCCUCUGCCUGCUGCUGCUCCCUCAGGUAGACUGGAACAUUUCUUUGGGCCCGCUGCAUACACAGGUAGCACAGUUCCUACGAUGACAAGACAGUAAUAGCAAUUAUACACAGUUAAUAAUCAGUAAUGUAAACAUAGUUAUAUACACGCUGUCUAAUUUAAAUACUUUGUAGGUAAUGUAUUGCUUAGGUUCAACCAGUGCAAUAUUAUACUCAAACAAUCAUAUCAAUAAAAUGUAAUUCUCUAUGAAUAACAUCUAAUUUUGGUCUCACUUUCCAAUCGCGCCAAGAAGAAAGUGAAUCUACCUCUAUGAAAGCCAGAUUGGAUCUACACGUACAAACCUACAGUACACACCUGUCCAGCACGAGUGUGGCCAGUGCAGCUAACGGUCACGCGAGGCUUCUCCAGUUUGGGGGGGAACUCUGGUGGUGUGACGGAGGUGGUGGGCCUGGGAGAUGAAACGGAUUCUUUAACAUACUGUUCAGCGAAGAGAGCGACUCCCUGGUGUGUGUGUGUGUGUGCAGUAUGGUGUUAUCUUAUUACAGGAAAGUGACCAGUACGAUUCCCUGCGUAAUAAAUUUAAAUUAUUCUCAAAGUAUUGUUUUGGAGUUUAAAUGUCUGCAUGAACAUGUCAAUCUGAGGGCUGUCCUCGACCAAAGAACUUCUUAGUCGACUAACAAAACAAUUUUGCCAACUAAUCGAUUAGUUGAUUUAAUCGACAGAUCUGUCGACACAUUAUUUGUCAGAUCCUUCCUGGGUUGUUACUAAAACAGAAAAAGAGAUGUACUGUUGAGAGAAUUUCUAUUGAAACCGAAUAAAUAAACUUAUACAGUGUUUAAAUUAAUACCUAUUAAAAGGACCAUAACUUUUGAGUUAAAGCAGAAAAAAUUACUUCAUCAUAGUUUAAUCGCAAAAUAAUUGUUGAACAGCUUGAAUUGAACAGCUGUUGUAUUUGUAUGAAGUUUCACAUGGGGCCUUGUUGCAUCAUGGACAUGUGUUUGAGGUGUGAAGAGUGCUCGAGCUGUUUCUGAGGAUAUCAUAACAGAAUCAGUGGCUCUAAAGUCCUCCUGUUAUCUGUAGUGACUCUGAAAUUCAGCUGACACUUGCAGGUGCACGGACGGUGUUCAUGGACUUGCAACAAGAUAAAAAUAACAGGGAUAUCGUUUGUGAUCACAGUCUGUCCCGUUCUCAAUUUAAGAAGAGAGUGCGUGUGUGCGUGUGUGCGUGUGUGUGUGUGUGUGUGUGUGUGUGUGUGUGUGUGUGUGCUCUGACAGUGAAGGUGAGGUGAUGACAGAGGAGGAAUCUGUCCCACAGGUAGUUGUGCAUCAUUGAUGGAGGUGGAAGCUGCCUCCGGGCUGUAACAAUAUAAGACCACCACAGAGCUCUCAGCUCACACUGACUCAUCUACCUGCAAACAAGAGCUCUGUGCUCUGCAAACUGAACCUUUCCAUAGACUGUGUGUGCUUGUCUGUCUGUGUCUUUGUGUGUGUUGUACUUGUCUGUGGCCUCCAUGGGGGGUUUUGGAUUCAGUUCUUCAGACAGGCUGACAGCUUUCAUCUUGGCAGGCUGCAGUGGCUGAUGGGAUUUAGAUUGUCUCUGUUGGGGAACUUCUGCAGAGACACACAACACUCUGAGUGGGUUCACUGUUACUAUAACUGCACUUCAUAUGACAGCACCAGCUCUAUAGUUAUUAAUUCUAGACUUAACCUCUGCUACAUAAUUAGUUUUUUUGAUAAGAGAUGGGUUUCAAUAUCCAGCAGUCAUUUUUUUCCAAGAAGUCUCAAGUCUCUUGUGGUUGUAAUGAGCCAGUCUGCUCAGAAUAGAUAUAGUAUAAGGAACUCAAAGCAUGUACUCUAGCAUCCUGUCUUUAUCUAUUUAAAACAUCAACAUUAGUUGUUUGGUAUAUGUUCGCUUUUACCAGCAAUGCAGUAUGAAAAUAGCAUACAAUAAAAACUUUCCUUUUAAGUAAAUAUCUACAUUUUGCCCAAGUCCCACAGUGAAACUUUAACAGAAGACAGUUAUAAGAGAUUUUUAAAUCAAAUCCUUUGCAUUAGAUUGGCUCGCUUAAAAGUGGGUCAUUAGACUCAUUAAGCUUCAACUCAGAGUCUUGUAUAAUCCAGCUGUUUAUCAGAGCUGUCCAUUCAUAAACAUUGGCUAUCGUACACCACAUUGAAAGUAACAGCUUGAGUAAUUUUGGAUAAGGUGAGAACCGGUGCUCCAGCUCAUCCUGCUGGUGCAACCAGUUCAUCAAGUGCAACGACACUCAGCAUAAAGACUGGAAGCAGCAGCAACUCAUCUGUAUGUACAAAAACCUCCUCGAGUCAUAACCAGACAACCAGCCAAGACUCCAGAAAGUCACUGCUGCAAAAAAUAAAUACUUUGGCACUCCCUUUUUUUGUACAGAUUAAAUAUGCAAGAUAUAAAGUGUAAAUUUGUGAGUUUAGGAAUGCAGUAGGUGGAUUUUAUUAUGUUUGUGCAGCUGUCCCCCCUUCUUCCAGUCUUUAUGCUAAGCUAAGCUAAGCUAAUUGGCCGUUUUCUGUAGCCACAUAUUUAACAGAGUCAACAUUUCCGCAAGAAAUCCAAUAAGUCUUAUUUCCCAAAAUGACCUCCAAACACAUGGAUAUAUGAUAAAUGUGAAUUUACAUAAUUUCCACAUCAUGUUUGUUUCAGCUGCUACAGCUACUGUAGCUCCAGCCUUAACAGUGAGGAACACAUAUCGUUUUCCUUUGCUGCAAGAUUUGAAAGGAUUUGGAUUUGAUCCAAUGUUUAAUUUAGAUUCAUUAGAGCGCUGUCAAACCCCAAAUUGUCAGCCUUGUGCCAAAAGCGCUUUCACCUCCUGCAUUCCUCUGGUCUGGAGCUGGUGACAAGCACCAUACGUCUUUGUCCCCAGCUUUGUUGUCUGGCUGAGGAGAGCAGACAGUUGGCAGGGUGAUGGGGUUGGCAGUCUGUGGCCUCUGAAGCCUGGACAGGCCACCAGACAGCAAAGAGACACUGCUCCCAGGUCUCUGCAGGGACAAGAGUACAGAUGAUCUGUCCCAAUGCAUACACAUUCAUUGUGCACCAUAACAUGCAAACACACAUGUAUGUCUUUAUACUCACCUUGUUAAAGGCUGACAGCAGCUGACCAGUUCCAUCCAUAGCAUUAAUAAAACCUCUGUUGAACUUCAUCCGCACCUUUGAAUAACAUCAGACGAGAUUACAUUUAGCAGAAAACCAGUGGUCAUAGUCCCAGACUUAGAAAUAUACAGUAGAUGAGCAGGCGAGCCACCUUGUUGUUCUUGAAGGACAAAACUCCAAUUCCCUGGAAGGUGAGGAAUAUGUUUUGUUCAGAGGCCAAAGCCCUGAAGAGGAGAAGAAGAGUUUCUCUAACGCAGCCCUCCACUACGUCUCGAAUGAAAGGAGUCUCUUGUGACACAGCUGCAAAGUUCAGCUGCACCACUGGUAGGUGUGUUGCUGUGAAGGACACACACACAAACCUAUAUUAUGAUAUUACAAUACCUAUUUUAAAUACUUAUAUAUCACUCACAAGAAGCUGAUUGAAAAGUAACGUUUCCGGGUUCUUAAAUUCUCCUGAUCUGUGAAGCUAUAUUUGAUUUCAAUUUCUCCAUCUUUUUGUUGUUUUUCAGAUGAGUUUGUGGUGACAUAAAUCCUGAGAAGGAAUUUCUUCAAAUCAAAUAGGUGCUCACCUGCAGCCAGUGGCCUGACCUGCUUUAAACCCAGAGACUGGACAAGUUUCCCAGCCAAGAGGAAGAUGGGUCGUUGGAUGAUUGUGUAAUUGUUUCCUAUGUCCAACUUCUGCUGAGAGAAGGUGAAGGUCCCCAGUCCGGUCAGGUGGACCCCCUGUUGGAUCAAUCAAUUAUGGAUGGACAGAUAGAUAGAUGGAUAGAUGAAUAGAUGGAUGGAUAUAUGGAUAGGUCUAACCUUUUGUAAGGUCAUCUGACGUUCAAUGUAGGCAGAUAUGUCAGCCCAAAUACAUUGUAUAUCUGAAAAACACAAACAAACAUGAAGUUUGGUUAUAUGGCGACAUGGAGACGCCUGCACACUUUAUUCGCAGUGUAUACACCGAACUAGCAGUUGAAUAAACAGUUUAUCACGCUCACUCCGGUAUAAAAAAAACAAGAAGUUUUUGUCUGACCGUUUUCUGAGAGCUGGGAGAGAGUCGGUAAAGUCCGCCCGUCCGCUUCUGACAGCAGCCGCAGAAUGUCCGUCAUGUCUGUUAAACUAUUUGAAAAAUCAUCACAGGAUGAAGUUUUUAGAAACGUCUCUCUAUAAGGUCCGUCUUCUACCUGAUGAGCUGCCACUGCCAGAGAUUAAGACGAGCACUCGAGAGCAGCGGUUGCCCGGAGCGAUGCCCCCGCACGGCACGCACAGGUCCGGGUUUCCAGUGCAGCGGAGAGACACAACGACAACAAAGCAGUUCAAGUUUCAUCUUGUAGUUGUCAGCAUUAUAAUGUUGGACACACGUAUUUGAAAGCCGGAAAAAGUCAUAUACAUGAGGGUGCACUGGCCACAGUCAACUAGCCUGUUUAUUUCAAUAUAUAAUUUCUUAAUAAUAAUAAUAAUAAUAAUAAUAAUAAAAUAGGCUAUCCAUGCAGGUUUCACCUUUGACAGCCUUAUUGUUUACUAAUCAAUGCGAUUUGAAGAAUCGUUUUGAAAAAGCAUUUAGAUCUCAAUGUUGGUAAAUACAAUUUACAAAAAAUAUGGUUUAAUAGUCAACUGAAUGAACAAAUAAUUAAUUCAAUUAAAUAAUUGAUUACAAAUAGAAGGGUGGGGUUUUGCAUUUUGGGGAACUUGGACUCAGUUCAAUCAAAUCAAUUUUAUUAGUACUUCCCAAAAUUACAAAAAUAUACAAGGACAGCCUCCUAAAAAACGGGUUCAGGCUUCGAGUGCAAUCAUUUGAACAAUGUGUUUACGGGAAGUUGUGGAGCAGCCGCCAAACACUGACAAGACUUUAACCCCUCCAGCACACUUACCAUAUUCAGAAAUUGAAAUACAUAAAUUAGGUCCGUUACUAAAGUCAACACAGAUAUAGCUACAUGUAUAUUGUAAGUGCUUAUUACAGACAGCCCAUGUAGCCUACUAUAAAUAGCUAUGAGCUAUUUAAAAUGUUAUUACUCAGAGGCAUAUCAGAAGGAAUUUCAAUGACAUGUUUAUGCUCCAGCUCCUCUUUCAUUUUCAUUUCAUUUUAAGGAGAAGCUAAAUGAUUCCACAGAACACCGAGACGUUUCUGAGAGGACAAUUGUGGAUCCCUGAUGUAAGGUGUUUUUAUCAUGAUGGAGAAAAUACUGAUGAUUCUGAUCCUCCUCACGUCACUGACAGGCGUGUGUCCCUGGAGAACCACAGAGACAUAUGUCAAGGCAGGUGAGAUGGUGGCGCUGUACUGCCCUCAUGACAGAGGUUCUAGUCAUGGUGAUGCCAAAGUGAUCUGGACCAGUUACACCACCCAGGAGAUGGACCUGACCGACAUGUCCUCAGCUGAGCAGAGGCAGAUGGGGGUGCUGGUUCAUGGGAGGAGCCUCGUGAUUCUCAGUGCUUCUGUCAACCAUCAGGGGAAUUACUCAUGCUCUCUGGGAAAUGCCAGCAGCCAGUUCUGGUUCAGGCUGAUCGUAUGCACAACACAGUCCAGAGAGUAUUUGAAGAGGACCCAGUACCCUCAAAUGUGUUACGCACAAGAGGCCUGCACAUUGAAUUGUCCCGAGGUAAACGUACCUGCUGUAAACACGCCGAAUAUUACCACCAACGGCAUUAUAUGGCACAAGGAGGGCGAGUCUUUGCCAAAAGACGGCUACUUCUCAAGUGUGGAAGUGAAUGACCACGGUGAAUACACCUGUACCAGAUCCUACCUGUAUUUUAGACAACUAUAUAACAUGACCUUUACAGUGCUGCUUAAAAUUAAACCAAAAGAAAAAUCUGGACAAUCAAUGAUACUUUCACCACGCAAAAAUGAUGUACUUAAUGUAGAUUUAGGCGCAACAGUGGUGAUUGAUUGUGAAGCUGUUAUGUAUUCAGACUUUGACGAGGUGUUCUGGUUUGACGGGAAAUCUGAGGUGAAAAUGAACAACAGCUUUCCUGUUUUCUACAAUUACACACGUGAAAAUAAUGCUGGAGAAAUAAAGAUGACGGCAUCGCUAGUCUUCAAAAACGUGUCAGAGGAGGAUUUAUCAAAAAGUUACACCUGUAGACUGGAAUCUGUAUCUGUACCCUCAAGCGUCACCAUCACCUUGGCCCAAAAAGCUUCUCCCUCCUCCCUCUCCCUGGCUCUCGGCAUUGUGGCCGUCAUGGUGGUGAUUGUUGUUACAGUUGUUGUUUCAGUGAAACUGAAAAUGGACAUCGCUCUUUUCCUGCGUGGCACUUUUUGUUGCUGUCGCAGCACCUCAGAUGGAAAGAGCUAUGAUGCCUUUUUGAUGUGUUACAAGAGCGACGCAGACGCAGGACUAAAUGAAGAUGACAGAAAAUGUCUGGAGAGUGUUUUGGAAGAGAGGUUUGGGUACAGUCUCUGUCUUUAUGAUCGUGACGUCUUACCAGGGAAAGCUGCAGCGGAGGCAGUGCUGGACUGCAUAGAGCAGAGUCGGACGGUGGUUUUGGUUCCCUCCUCCCCAGAUCCUGGUCCAGGAUCUGGCCUGCUGAGCGCCAUCCAUGCAGCCCUUGUGGAGUGGCAGACUCGCUUGGUUUUCAUCCAAACUGAGACAACAGAAGCGUCGAGAUCUGGUUCGUUACCAGAGGCCUUGCAGCUUCUUGGCGAGGCCGCAGACUGUGUCACGUGGAAGGGCAUGAGCUCCAUGCCGCAUUCUUCCUCCUUUUGGAAGCAGCUACGCUAUCACCUACCGGCCCCGCAGCAGGCAUCCAAAAUAAAGCUUUUACCUUAGACAACUACCCAGGAUGAUCACUGUUACAGUAUUUAGUCAUAUCCAUGGUUUAUAUGUCAUUAAGUCAAGUCAUACUGCAAAAUGGUUGGCAACUUUCAUACUAUUUAUAAGAGAGAGUUCAUAUUCAACAUUGUUAAUCAUUACAUUUUUAAUAUUCUAAAGCUUUCUUUGGAUUUACAAUCGAUCCUAAACGUUUCUUUUAUCACUACUUGCACUCAUGAUGUUCUCCAUCCCUUCCUCACCUCCUUAUAUUAUUUCCCCUACUCCUCCUUAUAUCCCAAAAUGCCAUGUUUUAGUGUAGUCUAUUGUCUCAAUGCCCGUACCUGAUCAUCUCUUGGUCAUUGGUUGAACACAUCUAAUUGAAGGAAUCUGCCUUUUUCUCCGCAAAUAUUUUGACUUGUCAUUAUGGAAAAAACCCAGGCGUUUGUGUUUUUGUAACUUAACAACCAGGAAGUCAUGACAGUGAGCCAGCAUGCACAGUACCAGGACCUUGAAAACGAAGUAGUUAAUUGCAAGUCAGCCAUCAUUGAUUUGAGUUUUUAACACCUUUUGUUUCUUCCUGUGAAAUGUCCAAAUGUGUUCUGUGAAAAAGGCCUAUCGGGUGUGGGCACUACAGGUCACACGUCAAGAUAUAAAAAAAAUGCACUUUUAUGUUGUUUUUGUUUUACCACUACUUUUAAACCUGCAUUAAUACGUGUUUUUUCGAUAUCAACAAUAUAGCAAUUGAUAUGUGUAAUGUGAAAAGAUGAGCUUUUUAGCUUUUUAGUCUUGUGUGGUGUACAUUUUGCUGUCAGAUGUUCUCAUCAACUCCCUGAAGGCAGACACACUCUGAUAAAUCCACAAACACUAAACAGUUCUCAACCACAACUAAACCAAAAGGUCGGUGAAUAUUGGAGAAACAUGUUUCUCCAUGUCUGCUGAAUAAGUGGACUAUUGUUUGCAUGAUGAGGGCAUUUUAUGUCAGCUUGGUUGAAGUUUUUCUGCCACCCAGUGGAAGUUUUUUUAGCUGAACAAUUGCGGUUAGCUUUGUGAUAAAUACAAGUCAUCCCCCUGUGUUUCACCAGUUAAAUACUUCAGAAUACCAAUAAGAUUAUUUGCCAUAAAGAGAAAGUAGGUUUCACUUUAAAUUUGCCUUGGUAUUUGGUGCACACAUAUACAAAUUAAGAGGAAACAAAAAUUCAGGCAAAGUACAGCAAAAGUCAAGAACAUAUAUUUAGAAAUUACAAUAAAAUAUAAAAAGUGAUAAUAUAUGAUACAGGAAUAAUAUUGGGUUUAUGUACAUACAGUUCCAAAAAUACUUUAGAGGAAGAUAGAAUAGCCACACAGGUAGAAACGAUGAGCUGAACAAAGGUAGAAAUAAACAAAAGUAUUAUGUACAACACAUGACAAAUCGUUUCAUAUAUAUAUGUGUAUAUGUAUAUAUAUAUAACGCAACAAUGACCAACAACAUGAAAUGGCUUUAUAAGUCGAGUUUUCUGUAGAUUUGACAAAUGCAAAUACCUUUAAUACAUUAAAUGGCUAUUGUCGAAAAGUGCCGACCAUAAAUUGUAUCAAAAACAAAUAUGAUCCUUAAACCUGCAAUAACUGAUUAUUUUGGCCACUUGGGGGUAGCAGAAAAUAAAGCAUAUAACUUUCACAUUAAAUUAAAGAGAGCAUUCCCCCCUAAAGAUAGACACUAUAGUUCCUACAUGAAAUACUCACAAGGUCUGUGGAAUAUCUUGAGUAAACAGGUCAUGAUUUCUGGAAAGAGAAAUUGCUGUUGAGUCUUUCAUAUGUAUUUUCUUUGGCGUUACAAUCUCACUCCAAACUCGUCAGAUAACGCAGGUUGGUUAGUGCCCCUUGGCAUUGGAGAUCGAUACACUGUUAGCCCUCUAGGGAUAGUUUUUCAACUUGUCAGGCCGGCGCAUCGAUAAUCUUCUGUCUUCACAGGAAGUGAUGUUUUGGCAACAAAACCGCUCAGUAUGAGUAGCAGCUCAUGUCAUUACCAAGUGACUUACAACUCAGGUGACAAAAUGUCAAUGCUUACUGUCAAAGAGACAUGUGUAGUUGAAAUUUAUUAAGUUUAUGUAGUGUCUCAAGGUAUCGUAGUUCGUAAUGUAAUGCCGUAAAGUAACGGGCCACACCCAGAGUUGGCGUGGGCAUAUGACCGUGGCAUUGUGGGUUGUUUGCCGGCACAAAAUCAGAGAGGAGUGAACGACCCUGCAGGUUAAACUGAUUCUGCACGUGGUCCAAGAGGUGCACACGGUAAAGUGUUCAUUUGUACAUAUAUUUGUGUUUAUUGUUGUUGACCUGCAUUUAUGUUUACAUGUGUUGCAUUUUUUGAGGUUGUAGUUUGUAGUUUAUGUCAUUAUUAUUGUGCUAAUAUGUGCUAGCCUGUUUGGCAACAUACAUUUGCCUGAGAGGCUCCCCGAAGAGCUCGCAAUUUAUGUAAAAAUGUUUAUGUUUUGUUUGUAGUUUUCACGGUGUCUGAGGUGCAGAGAGAGAGAGAGAGAGAGAGAGAAGGCGGCAAAUAAAGUUCAUCACAG